UAAGGGUGGUGUGGGCUAAUGGCCUGCACGAGCACUUCACACGUGAUGCAAUCGACGCUCCUCGAAUUACCGAGAACAAACCGCCGUACCUCCGCCAAAAGCCACCGUGUCUCCGCCACCUCCGACCACCACCCUGAGGGACCCUACUGCAUCUACGUUGGCCCUCUCGAAACCGCCAAUAAAGAGACACUCGAAGCGCUUUAUUGCCAAGCACGUGAUGCUUAUUAUAGUGGUCAACCUUUGAUCGUUGAUGACAUGUUUGAUAGAAUAGAGUUAAGGCUUAGAUGGUAUGGUUCAAAAUCAGUUGUCAAGUAUCCUCGGUGCAGUAUCAGGAGGCAAUCAACAUAUGCUGAUGCUGAGGAAGAUCUGUCUAUGGCUUUUGCAUUAGCAAGCACAUGGGCCAUGUUCCUUGCAUUUGGCAGUUUAGCAUGUGUUGGACCCAUACCGUACACUGUUGGCAUGGCUUAUCAAAAUGCAUUCGAUUCAGGAUUGUUAUAUGGUCCCCAAACGUCCGGACUAGGAUUUCUGGCCUUGGUGAAUAGCAUCAUUUUCAGUGUGCUCGGUUUUGUCAUUGGAUACCCAGUUGCUUCAGCUUCAGUUAAAGUGCUUCAAGGCCUGUGGAGGAAUGACUUGGUGGCACUAAAAGGUGCAUGUCCUAGUUGUGGAGAAGAGGUAUUUGCAUUUGUCAGAAUGGACAGGAAUGUUGACUCACCUCACAGAGCAGAUUGUCAUGUGUGUGAAUGCUUAUUAGAAUUUCGAACUAAAGUGGAGCAAUCGGUUUCAACAUUAGGCAGACAGUGGGUUUAUGGCCGUAUUUAUCUUGUUUCACUAAGAGGCAGAUCCCGACAAUGACAGCUGUGAAUUUCUUCCCAGCAUAUGAGACUUGCUUGUGUUUAGGUUAUAGCAAGGAUCAGAGUACCGUCAACUCCUUUCGUAUUCUUAUUUUUAGUCUAGAACAGUUUUGCCUGAAACUGAUUUGAAAUACUUCCCGUAAAGACCUGUUAAUGAAUGGACAACUAAUUUUUAUUAUUUGAUUGUAUGUUAGUGUUGUGCUAGAUUUUGGAGGUGCAUUUUGAUAUGUAAACUUCGAGCCCUUUUAUUUGAUAUUGUGAUUUAUGACAUCAAAUUGAAUUCUUAGGAGUAUUGAAUUCUCGUGACAAUCGAUGUCUCAUGUAAAUCAGAA